AACCCACUGGACUUGUGACGUUUACCAGACAGUGUCUGCAGGAAUUUCCAGAGUGGGAAAGAUCUCAGAAAAAAAUGCCCAGGUUGCAUGUCACCUAUGAAGGGACGAUUGAGAGCAACGGGCAAGGGAUGCUCCAGGUUGACUUUGCCAACCGCUUUGUCGGAGGGGGCGUCACUGGCGCAGGAUUGGUGCAAGAAGAGAUCCGCUUCUUAAUCAAUCCAGAAUUGAUUGUCUCUCGUCUCGUGACGGAGGUCCUGGAUCACAACGAGUGUCUGAUCAUCACGGGGACUGAACAGUACAGUGAAUAUACUGGCUAUGCAGAAACCUACCAGUGGGCCAGGAGCCAUGAAGAUGACACGCCCAGGGAUGAAUGGCAGAGACGCUGCACGGAAAUUGUGGCCAUAGACGCUUUUCAUUUCCGAUGUUUUCUCGAUCAGUUCACUCCGGAGAAAAUCAGAAGAGAGCUGAACAAGGCCUACUGUGGCUUCUCUCGGCCUGGCGUCCCUCCACAUCACCUUCCAGCGGUGGCGACAGGAAACUGGGGCUGUGGCGCUUUUGGAGGAGACCCGAGACUGAAAGGAGACGUUUACAAGCUGUUGCUUCGGUACUACCACGAGGAAUGCCGGUGUUGUUCUACUUCGAGGCCAGAAGUCAAACUCUACCCUUUUGUCUACAGCGUCGUUGAGUCCUACAUAAACCCUCCCGAGGAUGAGAAAGGACUGGGGUUUGAGGACUAGAACCAUCGCCCGCCCAACGAAUGCGCUUUUUUUCCUUUUUUUCCGAUGAAAUAUCAGCUGAAUUGCUGGAGAUUAUAUAUACAGGUGGUCUGAAGGCCAACGCUGAUAUUUGAGAAGCAGCCUUUUUUUCUUUCCAAAGCAGAAAGUAAACUUGAUCACAACGUU